GUUUGGUCCGUCUCCCUCCCAUCCAGCCUCCUUCUCACCGCCCACCAGUUGGUUCCUGCUCACUGUUAUGUGGAGAUAAGAGCCGAGACGAACCUGGGAACCAAGGCCCAAACUCUCCCUUUUUUCCUCUCUUUCAAGACUUUUGCUUCCUCCAAUCUCAUGAUGCUGCGUUUGACCUCCGGCCGGGUUGGAAGCCUCCUGACCAGACAGGCAACUUUAACCAGCAGCAGCGUCAGGAUGGCGAGUCACGAGGUGUCUGAGGCGGCGGACAUGUCUCAGCCCAUGUACUGGGACCGGGCGGACGUCCCGCUGCCUGACAGAGCCUACAAAGACGUCCUGACCGACGCUGACAGGAAGCUGAAGCAGAAGGAGAAAGGACCCUGGGGUCAGCUGAGCAAAGAGGAGAAGAUCGCAUUGUACCGGCUGACGUUCCGCCACACCUACCCGGAGAUGAAGCGGCCGUCCGACGAGUGGAAGACCGUGGUGGGAGGAAUCUUCCUGUUCCUGGGCUUCACCGGCCUGGUGGUCUGGUGGCAGAGGGUCUACGUCUACCCUCAGCGUCCCAGGACCUUCGAUGACGACUGGCAGGCCAAGCAGCUCCAGAGGAUCCUGGACAUGAGGAUCAACCCCAUCGAGGGAAUCUCCUCCAAGUGGGACUACGAGAAGGGCCAGUGGAAGUAGAGCUGUUGGUAGUGACCUGGUAGUCCACCUCGGAGCGCUGCUGCACUUUUUGAAUGUUCUUCUAAGUGUGUAAACCACUAGAACCCAGGAACUGAUCUGUCAGCAGCUCUGAGGGAACCUCACUGUGUUGCCUGAAGUCGACCUGUCACAGGGAAACUGUCCGUCCUGGUGACCGUAAAAGAAUAAAGUUUUGCUGAUGUC